AUGUCCAACAAAUACGAAAUCAGACCAUAUGCCAGCGACAGUGACGACAGCGGAGACGAGGUCACGGACAUCGAUGUGGAUAAGCUAGAACCGCUUGAAGCUGGACCGGGGGAACAUAAGCUUCAGUACACUUACUGUUUAUGGUUCGGCAAAAAGGGAUCACAUAGAGCGGCGGAGUACGACAAAUCUCUACACUUAGUCGGUCGAUGUGCUAGCGUUGAGCAAUGGUGGUCCCUGUACUGUCACCUAAUAAAACCAACCAGCUUGAAACCUUACCGAAGGUUACAUUUGUUUAAGAGUGGCAUUAAACCCAUGUGGGAAGAUCCGAGCAAUUCGAAAGGCGGCAAAUGGGUCAUUCGGCUGAAGAAGUCAAAGAUGGACCGUGCUUGGGAGAACGUGUGUAUGGCGAUGCUGGGGGAGCAGUUUCUGGUAGGGUCCGAAAUUUGUGGCGUCGUCCUGUGCACGCAGUACCCCGAGGACGUCCUGUCGGUGUGGAACCGGACCGCGACCGAUACGGUCAGCACCAAUCGUAUUCGAGAUACGCUGCGGCGCAUACUGAACCUACCUCAAUCGCAGCACAUCGAGUACAAACCGCACGGCGACAGCCUGAAGUUUGUGCCGGCCUGAAUCU